AUGAGAUUUUACAGACAAGAUGAUGAGAUGAGAUUUUACAGACAAGAUGAUGAGAUGAGAUUUUACAGACAAUAUGAUGAGAUGAGAUUUUACAGACAAGAUGAUGAGAUGAGACUUUACAGACAAGAUGAUGAGAUGAGAUUUUACAGACAAGAUGAUGAGAUGAGACUUUACAGACAAGAUGAUGGGAUGAGAUUUUACAGACGAGAUGAUGAGAUGAGACUUUACAGACAAGAUGAUGAGAUGAGAUUUUACAGACAAUAUGAUGAGAUGAGAUUUUACAGACAAGAUGAUGAGAUGAGACUUUACAGACAAGAUGAUGAGAUGAGAUUUUACAGACAAGAUGAUGAGAUGAGACUUUACAGACAAGAUGAUGAGAUGAGAUUUUACAGACAAGAUGAUGAGAUGAGACUUUACAGACAAGAUGAUGAGAUGAGAUUUUACAGACAAUAUGAUGAGAUGAGACUUUACAGACAAGAUGAUGAGAUGAGACUUUACAGACAAGAUGAUGAGAUGAGACUUUACAGACGAGAUGAUGAGAUGAGACUUUACAGACGAGAUGAUGAGAUGAGACUUUACAGACGAGAUGAUGAGAUGAGACUUUACAGACGAGAUGAUGAGAUGAGACUUUACAGACGAGAUGAUGAGAUGAGACUGUACAGACGAGAUGAUGAGAUGAGAUUUUACAGACAAUAUGAUGAGAUGGACACUUAA